AUCGAAACGAGCAAACGAGAUCGAGAAAGACAGUUGGCUGGCGCACUUUGAACGUAUACGUCGUCAGUGAAUUCUUUGUGUCGACAUAAUUCGUUGUAGUGUACUAAUUAAUCUUACAAUAUCACAAUGGCAGACCAGCUCACCGAAGAACAAAUCGCUGAAUUCAAAGAAGCUUUCUCAUUGUUUGAUAAAGAUGGAGAUGGCACAAUUACCACCAAAGAAUUAGGAACUGUAAUGAGAUCUCUAGGACAAAAUCCUACAGAAGCUGAGUUACAGGAUAUGAUCAAUGAAGUAGAUGCAGAUGGUAACGGCACAAUCGACUUCCCCGAAUUCCUGACGAUGAUGGCGCGCAAAAUGAAGGACACCGACAGCGAGGAGGAGAUACGCGAGGCGUUCCGCGUCUUCGACAAGGACGGCAACGGCUUCAUCUCGGCCGCCGAGCUGCGUCACGUGAUGACGAACCUCGGCGAGAAGCUGACCGACGAGGAGUCCGUACUCGUCACAAGCUUCAAGCUGGUCAGUUGUAGUGUUGCUUUGGGAAUGUGCUUAGAGGCAUGUUUGUCCUCUGUUGUAGUCAAUAACAGUAAUGGAAUUUGUCACCAUGAUGACCUCAAAGUGAAGAAACCAGCAGUUGCAUUUUCAGCUUUCCAUUGUUUCAUCCCGGCUCAUUGUCUACAUUUUCCAACAUCUCGAACUAUUUGCUUUGUGGCCGGGUCCACCAAAAGUGAAUAACUUAAUCGUUAUUUAGUUUUCAAGACAAGUUUAAUUAAUACAAAUAUUUAUGAAUUAAUAUAAUUGUGUAAAUUUUUGUAAUAUAUUUUUUUUUCAUGGGAACGCACACACCUGACUGGUGUUGGCCCUGUACUGUAUCAAACAAACUAUGUGCUACGUGUCUAGUUGAAAUUCAAAGAAAUAAUUCACAAAGUAUGAAUAUGUACUUAUAAAUAAUGAUGAUAAACUCGUUACAGUUGAUGUUAGGUUGAGGGGAUACAACAUUAGACACUUUGAUAAUUUUUUUUUACAUACUUUGUGAUACAAGAAUACAUCUGUGCACUUGCUAUAAAAGGAGAGUCAUUUGUUAUCUAAAAUAGGUACUUCAGGAGUAGAUAGAACAUGAAAACGGGAGAUUCUCUUUUAAACUGUAUCUCGGAAUUUGUCACUCGCCAUAUUUAAGAAUCUGAGAUAGUAAAUAAGAACUGGAAAAAUGUCGGGAUUUACUACUCCCCCUGUACAUAGGGCAAACUCCCAUUAAUUUUCCAUCUGCUCCCAUUAAUUUUCCAUCAGCUCCCAAUGUUUUAGAUGUGGAUUUGACUUGUAUAGGAUGUAUCCCUUUAUUUAUUAAGGAUAACCUUUUCUCCUUGUAUUGUAGGUCUCACGUUUUAAGUCCCGACAUUUUUAAUUGAUAGAAAGUAGAUAUUUUUAUUGCCGUUCCAUUGAAAUUGUAUUUCUUUUGGCUCAUUGCACGAACGAUCGCUGUGAAAGAUGCUGAAGAAAGUAUGAUUCGUACUAAUUUUAGCAUUUUCGCGGUAUCAAACUUAUAAAAUUAUUUGAUGGGAGUUUAUAAUAAUUUAUUCAAAUACUUAAGGUCGGUAACGCAUCGGUUACAAUGUGAAAUUAUUAGAUGUUUAAAUUUUAAAUAAAUGUGACUAAAAUAUAUUUCAUCCGUAAAUUACUACUAGUACCCAGUAUUUUAUUAUUACUAUUAUAGUUUUUUAUGUUCAUUUCUUUUAUUUAAAAUAAACAUUACAGAAAUU